AAACACGUGUAGGGCAUCGUCACCAAAACAAAGGAAUCCAUUUCGUUCGGUAUUUUUAAGAGCUAAGAUAUAGAUAAAGAGAUAGUGGGACAAAAAUACCUUAAACGCACACAAAAAUGGAAGCAAUAUUGGAUGACAGUCAGCCUCCUGUGUCCACAACAAACGAACCUCUAAAGUCACCAAGUAAAAAAAACAAAAAAGUAAACGUGAGCACCGCUCCAAGCGACAUUCUAACAAACAUCUUAAUUCUACUACAGAACCUACUCCCCUUUCCACUGCAGCUAAAAGAGAAAAUGUGUCAAACCAAGACGUCGAAAAUUGGGCAGCCAACCACGAACGUAUCGAGCAGCUAUGCUUGGUCUUUCCAAACAACGUCUGCGGUGAUUGCAAUGAGAAUGGUACGCAGUGGGCCUCAGUAA